AUGCGCAGUAGUGACAGGUAUACGUACCUGGGAGUAGAGAUUUCGAAGGAGUGCUCAUGGGACGCACACAUAGCAAAGUUGAUUGGGAAGGGUAAAGCUCAGAUAGGCAAGAUGGACGAGAUCCUUACGGACCCACACCUAGACACUAGGAUUAAGAGGUGUGUUCUCUUGAAUGUGAUUGUACCUAAGCUAGAGUAUGCAGGAGAGGUAUGGGAAGGUAACGAAAAGGCCGUCAAGCAGCUGGAAACGGUGCAGAUGGCAGCGGCCAAGAAAAUACUAGGAUGUUCAAGUACAACGAGCAACACUGUAUUGAGAGNUUGGAACAAGGUGGUAGAGAGAGUUUGGAAGGAGAUAGGAGACGAGGAGACAUUGGACACGGAAGGGUUUGGGGGGUUCAAGAAGAAAGUCAAGGAAAUGCUAGAAAGUAGGGAGGAGGCAACCCUUCGGAAGAAGGUACGAAGCGAAGACCACUUGGAGACAUACGGGAAGUUGAAAGAAGGGAUAGGGAUGAAGAGUUACUUGGACGGCCCCAUGGACUACGCAAAAAAACUGAAGUUGCAAUUUCGAGUAGGCGAUCUGGACUUGCCAGAACGGAGGAAGAGGUACAGCAGCCGUAGGAGAGAGGAAGAGGAGGAUAGACAGACAUGUCCAUGUGGCAAAUCGGAGGAGAGUAGACCCCACAUAGUUGGGGAGUGUGAGCUGUACAGGAAGGAAAGAGAGGAUCUCGAGGAGGACAUGAGACAGAGAGGGUGUGACAUGGACAAGUUUGGUAAAUAA